GGAAGAUAGACAGACACCGCACCUUCGACCAAGGUAAAGCAUGGCGAUGACCGGCCACAGCUCAUGCUCCUCCAUGAGCAAUCACACCAAGGAGCGGGUCACCAUGGCCAAAGUGACCCUUGAGAACUUCUACAGUAACCUCAUCGCCCAGCAUGAGGAGAGAGAGAUGAGGCAGCAGAAGCUGGAGAAAGUAAUGGAUCAGGAGGGCCUGGCUGAUGAAGAGAAACGUAUUCGACGUUCUCAGCAUGCAAGGAAAGAAACUGAGUUUCUGCGCCUGAAACGUACCCGCCUGGGUCUGGAGGACUUUGAGUCUCUGAAGGUGAUUGGCCGAGGAGCUUUUGGAGAGGUGCGUUUGGUGCAGAAGAAAGACACCGGUCAUGUCUAUGCCAUGAAGAUUCUUCGCAAGGCUGACAUGCUGGAGAAAGAACAGGUUGGUCAUAUUCGUGCUGAGCGGGACAUCCUGGUGGAGGCUGACAGCCUGUGGGUGGUCAAGAUGUUCUACAGUUUCCAGGAUAAGAUGAACCUCUACCUUAUCAUGGAAUUCCUGCCAGGAGGAGACAUGAUGACCCUCCUGAUGAAGAAGGACACUCUGACAGAAGAGGCCACUCAGUUCUACAUAGCAGAGACGGUGCUGGCCAUCGACUCCAUCCACCAGCUGGGCUUCAUCCACAGAGACAUCAAGCCAGACAACCUGUUGUUGGACUCCAGGGGUCAUGUGAAGCUGUCUGACUUUGGUCUGUGCACUGGGCUGAAGAGAGCUCACCGUACCGAGUUCUACAAGAACCUGAACCACAGCCUGCCCAGUGACCUCAGUAAGCAAACCUUUCAGAACAUGAACUCCAAGAGGAAAGCUGAGACGUGGAAGAGAAACAGGCGGCAGCUGGCCUUCUCCACUGUGGGAACUCCAGACUACAUCGCUCCAGAGGUCUUCAUGCAAAAUGGAUACAAUAAGCUCUGUGAUUGGUGGAGCCUAGGUGUCAUCAUGUAUGAAAUGCUGAUAGGUUAUCCUCCGUUCUGCUCAGAGACGCCUCAGGAGACGUACAGGAAAGUGAUGAACUGGAGGGAGACGCUAACCUUUCCACCAGAAGUGCCUAUAUCAGAGAAGGCCAAAGACCUCAUCCUCAGGUUCUGCUGUGAGGAGGAUCACAGGAUUGGUGCUACAGGUGUAGAGGUGAUCAAGUCCGAUCCAUUCUUUGAGGGGGUGGACUACGACCAUAUCAGAGAGAGGCCUGCUGCCAUUCCUAUAGAGAUCAAAAGCAUCGAUGACACCUCAAACUUUGAUGAAUUCCCUGAUUCAGAUAUCCUCACACCAACGACUGCUCCAGUGUCCAACCACACAGAGGCUGACCUGAAGAACAAGGACUGGGUCUUCAUCAACUACACCUAUAAACGCUUUGAAGGCCUCACUGCUCGAGGAGCCAUACCAUCCUACAUGAAAUCAGGAAAGAGAUGAACACCUUCAGACAGGCUUUUAACCAACUCCACCAUGAAAACCUGAAUGAGUCCUUGUCUAAACCCUGUUGUCUGAGGAUGGACAACCGCUCCCGUCUUCUCACACCUGUGAUGUGGAUUUUCAUCACAAAGGUUCAAUUUCAUUGCUGUCCUCCACAGAAACUGCUGCCUUCAUUUCUGAUGCUUCCGAGGGUACCUUUCUACUUCUUCUGCUCACACAUGACUGAACUGGGAUUAAAGUGAUUUAAAUUCUUUCCACUUGCCUUUUACACCAGUGGAUGCAGUGGGACUUCUUCACUCCAGACACCAGCAUCACUUACAUUUCCUCUCUGCACCAGCACCAGUCUGUUGGACCUACCAAGGGCUCCUCUCCUUCCAAACCAGGAUGUCCACUUGAUUUACCUUUUUUAUGUCGAGUUCUUAGCUCAAACAUUGCAUUUAGCUGUCACUUGAAGUGAAUCAGGUGCUAUUCAGGGGUUCUGUCCAAAUGUUUUUUCCUUGUUUCCUACAAGGGCUUCUUAAGAUUGCGCCUAACCAAAGACUGUGAGCUUAAAGAAUCAAGUCAUGUUUCUGCUUGAUCUCUCUGUCAUGUCACUUGUAACUUAGAAUUGUAGUUUUAUAGAUAUAUUUGCAAGAUUUGCUUGUUAAUAAGAGUGAUUAUAUGAGAAUGAUGCAUUUUGUGGAACAAACACGAGAUUCUUGUUACGUUUUCACAAUGACCCACUUGUGUUCAGCUUCCUUUAGCACCUUAUAUGAUGUUGGAUCCCACAGCAGUAUAGUCAGGCCUACAGCUCAUUUGUUUGUGUGUUUAAAUUGGGUUUAUUUAUUGGACAGGAAAAGUACACGUGUCUCCUCACAGGGGUUUGAAAGUGCUCUCUCCAAACUGAAGUCACCAUUUCUUUUUCAGAGAUUUGACUGUUUUAAUGAACAUGUUCUACAUUCAGACUUAGUCAGGGUGGGAGAAAACUCUGAAGCAUUUCAGGAAAACUAUUCUAUAAACGAUUGAGUUAAAGACAGGGUGACCCAUUACACCUGUUCAUAGUACAUUAUUGUAGUAGAGAAACUUCCAUCUGAAACACCUCAGGUGAAAACAUUCAACAUAUUGGACACAGUACACACUGAUUUCUCAGAGGUCAUGCUGUGAUUAUUUUGUGUUGUUGGAAUGCAGCAGAAACAAGGGAACUUAAACAGAAGCCUGUUUAAAAAAAAAAAAAAAAGAAGAAAGAAAUCAUUCCUUAUGAAAAUGUUCAGUGUGAGUCACAGGGACACGUUUUGGUUGCAGUUUUUUUUUUUGUUAAAAUCAUCACCCUGCUUUGAGUACUGCCUUCUUUAGACAUUUGGUUUGGGUGAUGAACUUAUGAGAAGUAAUCUUUUAUGUUGUAAUAUAUUUUGACAUGUUAGUUGAUUCCUGAGGUGUUUGAAGUUGAUACCAGCUGGAGGGAAUCCUCUGCCACAUUUGUCACUCUAAAUGUGCUAUUUUUUUAAGAAGAGACACUCAACACCUUAAAGAGUAACUCACAGUACAGCAAUGCUUGUCCUCCAAGCAAGAUCCAGUUUGGAGUUACUCUUCAAGUCUAGAAGCACAGGGCUAAACUUUUCCAGUGAACACAAUAUCCAAAAUGCUGUCAUCUGAAAUGAAUGUAAAUGAAUGUGUAUGGAGUAACAGACAAGAACUUUUUUUGACACAAUUCCAAAUGCUGUUUGCUUGAAUGUAGCCUGGACACAUGCUUUUUUUAGUUUUUUAUUCUUACACAUGAGUUAUAAGAAUGGAAGCCCCUCUCAAACAAGACAUUUAGGAAUGAACAAUAAAAAUGUAUAUGGUCUUAAAGGACCAGUGCGUAAGAUUUAGUGACAUCUAGCAGUGAGAUUACAAUUUACAACAAACUGAAUCACCGCACCCUUUGCCCCCCCCUCUUCCAUUCCAAGAAUAUAGGAGAACCUAUGGUGGCUGCAAAAAAUAAAAAAGGCCUCUCUAGAGCCAAUGUUUGGUUUGUCCAUUCUGGGCUACUGUAUGGAAGAAGACCCUCUCUCUAAGAUAUAAAGGGUACAGUGUAAGGUAAGAAAAACACAGCAAUUCUUAUUUUGAGGGGAUUAUUAAUACUUAUUAAAAUAUACAUAUGGAUAUUACAUUUCUACUACUAUCUCAAAAUGUUGACUUGUUUCAAGAAUUGGACGUGAAAUGUUCAAUAUCAUUAAGACCAAAUGUAGUCUAAUUUCGGGCAUCAUUGUUCUUGUUUAAUACUUAUGAUUUGCAUCAUAAUUUGGAUUUAUGAGGCUAAAACAUUUUUUUAUUUUAUUUAUGAAGUCCAAAUUUUAAAGUCAUAAAUGAAAUCUAGCCAUGUGUUGUCCUAAUUUUGCCUUAGUAGGUCAAAAUUAUCAGUCAAAACUGAGAGAAUUUAGGCAAGUCAUAUUACGACACUCAUAAUUUAGAUGUAAAAAGCCACAAGUUAAAGUAUUAAGUAACCACAUAAUUUAGUAGUUAAAAUGUUGUCUUAAGUCAAUUAUUAUUUUGCCAUUUUUUUAUUUUGAAUGAUCUCGUAAUACUUUAAUUUCUCAAAGUUUUAACUCGCAAUGAGGAUUUUUAUUUUUGUAAAUCACAACUUCAUCUAUUAUUUCCCAGCACUAAUGGACUUCAGUAGCUGAGUUGUGUCCAAAGCUUUUUCUUCUCAUCUGUACUAUAAAACUUGUGUAUUCAGGUAGUGUGUAGAUGAAGCUCAGCAUAUUGUAACACAAUUUAGAAAAGCACACAGUGGAGCUUUUUUUUUUCUAUAGCAGGGGUCAGUUCUUUAAGUGAGCUGUCUGUUAAUGGAAGGAUCCUGCUCUGCAUGCUUUUACCAAACAGUAAAUUAGUCCACUUAAAGCAAUAGAUGUGUGUGUGUGUGUGUGUGUGUGUGUGUGUGUGUGUGUGUGUGUGUGUGUGUGUGUGUGUGUGUGUGUGUGUGUGUGUGUGUGUGUGUGUGUGUGUGUGUGUGUGUGUGUGUGUGUGUGUGUGUGUGUGUGUGUGAUCAUGCUCAGUUAAAACGAUGCAAUGUUGGACUUUUUGAUGGCCUGCUUGAUGAUCUGUAUGUUUUCUACCAGCUAUGCUCAGAUAUGUAUGUAUGUGCUUCUGUCAUCAUGUCCCACAUGUGAUCUGGGAGUCAGAAGUGAGGGGAUUUGGGAAGGUGGGUGUGCAUUAUUUAAACCACUGUUCUCUUUGUAGCCUGUGGCUGUUGUAUUAUUUUCCUGCUAUUUGACAAUGAACUACUCUGCACUUCA